ACUGGCGCUGGCAGGAGCUGGGGAAGCGCUGCGACGGGCAACGUUCGGGCGACGUCAGUGGGCGCGCGCGGUUCAGACUCCAGCUCUUUAAAACGGCGUGUAAACUGAGAUGCCGCCACAGGGAGUAGCUCACCAGCCGCGUCCCGGCUGCUCCGGAAAGUCCAGGGGCGGACUCGGCGGCUUCGUCGGGGGCAUCUCGAAGCCUCCCACCUCGCAGCCCCCCAUCCCGAGCUGAGGAGGGGACCCUCCCCCCCCGCCCCAACACACACACACACACCACCACACCGAGGCUGCUGAGAGUCGUCAGAGCUUUCUCGGCCCCCUCUGGUCACCGCCCAGGGUAUGACAGCGGCGUCCUCGGCUGAUCAGCAAAGCCCCCGAGCCCUCUUCUUCGCCCCCGCGCCCUGGCACCAUGGACACCUUCUCGGCGGCGGCUGCCCGCGCUCUGCUGCUCCUCGGCUUGCUCGGGCUGGACCCGGCGCCUGCCAGUGCUGCGGGCAAGCGCCAGAGGCACUGCCCGGCCGCCUGUCACUGUGAGCACGACGGCAUGCUGGUGAGGGUGGACUGCUCGGACCUGGGCCUGACCAGUGUGCCCGCCAACCUCAGCGUCUUCGCUUCUUACCUUGAUCUCAGUAUGAACAACAUCUCAAAGCUACCUUCAAGUUCCCUGAACAAUCUCCGCUUCCUGGAAGAGCUCCGUCUAGCAGGAAAUGGCUUGACACACAUCCCCAAAGGAGCAUUUGCUGGGCUUUUCAGUCUCAAAGUGCUAAUGCUACAGAACAACCUGCUACAUCAGGUUCCGGCUGAAGCACUCCAGAACCUGCGCACUCUUCAGUCUCUACGUCUGGAUGCUAAUCACAUCAGCUUUGUGCCUCCCAACUGUUUCAGCGGCUUGGUUUCACUCAGACACCUGUGGCUAGAUGACAACUCUUUGACUGAUAUUCCAGUGCAAGCUUUCAAGAAUUUGCCAGCACUUCAGGCAAUGACUCUAGCUCUGAACAAAAUACAUCAUAUUCCAGAUUAUGCUUUUGGAACUCUCUCCAGUUUAGUAGUUUUACAUCUCCAUAACAAUAGAAUCUGCUCCCUGGGAAAGAAAUGCUUUGAUGGUCUCCACAGCCUAGAGACUUUAGAUUUAAAUUACAACAAUCUGGAUGAAUUCCCUUCCUCUGUAAGAGCACUCAGAAGCCUGAAAGAACUGGGGUUUCAUAGUAAUAAUAUCAAGUCAAUUCCUGAGCACGCAUUUGUGGGCAAUCCAUCACUUAUAGCUAUCCAUUUCUAUGACAAUCCUAUUCAGAUUGUGGGAAAGUCUACUUUUCAGCAUUUACCUGAACUCAGAACCUUGACUCUGAAUGGUGCUUCACAGAUAACAGAGUUUCCUGAUCUGACUGGGACAAGAAGUCUGGAAAGCCUUACCCUAACAGGAUCCCAGAUUACAUAUCUUCCUGAAACAGUCUGUGAUCAGCUCCCUAACCUUCAAGUACUAGAUCUCUCCUAUAAUAGGCUGGAAGACUUACCCCUUUUUACAACUUGUGAAAAACUUCAGAAAAUUGACUUACACCACAAUAAAAUCUAUAAAAUCGAAGUAGGCACAUUCCAGAAGCUGGUUGCCCUGCGUACACUGAAUUUGGCUUGGAACAAAAUAUUGAUGAUUCAUCCCAAUGCAUUCUCUUCUUUGCAAUCUUUAAUUAAACUGGAUCUGUCAUCCAACCUUUUGUCCUCUUUUCCUGUAAUUGGCCUCUAUGGUUUAACUCAUCUAAAAUUAACAGGAAAUCAUGCACUACAAAGUUUGAUAUCAUCUGAAAACUUUCCAGGACUCAAGGUGAUAGAAAUGCCUUAUGCUUACCAGUGUUGUGCCUUUGGAGUUUGCGACAACUACUAUAGAGUCCAAAAUCCGUGGAGCAAAGAUGAGAACAGCAGUGCUGAUGAAUUUCAAAGGAAAGAUGCUGGCAUAUUCCAUAGUCAUGAAGAUUUUGAGGAUUUUCUUCUUGACUUUGAUGAAGAUCUGAAAGCUCUUCAUUCGAUCCAAUGCUCUCCCUCUCCAGGCCCCUUCAAGCCAUGUGACUAUCUAUUUGGCAGCUGGUUGAUCCGAAUUGGAGUUUGGACCAUAGUAGUUUUGGCCAUCAUGUGCAAUAUACUGGUGCUUGUAACCAUCUUCAGAUCCCCAUUGUUUGUUUCCUCCAUAAAGCUAUUGAUUGGACUAAUAGCUGCUGUGAACUUGCUCAUGGGCACAUCUAGCAGCGUGCUUGCCAGUGUGGAUGUGCUAACCUUUGGAGCCUUUGCUCACUAUGGUGCUUGGUGGGAAGGUGGAGCUGGUUGCCACACCAUUGGCCUUCUGACCAUCUUUGCUUCAGAAGCUUCCAUUUUUUUGCUCACCUUAGCAGCUCUUGAACGCAGUCUCUCUGUAAGACAUGCUGCAAAGUUUGAGACAAAAUCCAUUGUUGCAAGCAUUAGAAUAGCCAUUUUCUUUUGCUUUAUGUUUGCUUUAAUCAUUGCAACAAUCCCUGUCCUUGGGGGGAGUGAGUAUGGGAUUUCUCCCCUCUGCAUACCAUUGCCUUUUGGAAAGCCCGCUGCUGUGAGUUACAUGGUAGCACUGGUCCUGUUGAAUUCUCUUUGUUUUCUUGUUAUGAUCAUAGCCUACACAAAACUCUACUGCAGCCUGGAAAAGAGAGAAUUGGACAAUAUUUGGAAUUCUUCUAUGGUGAAGCACAUAGCCUUGUUGCUUUUUACUAACUGCAUUCUUUAUUGUCCUGUCGCCAUCUUAUCAUUUUCUUCCUUGUUAAACCUCAGUUUUAUUAGCCCAGAAGUAAUUAAACCAAUACUCUUAGUGAUUGUCCCCCUUCCUUCUUGUGUAAACCCUCUUCUUUACAUACUUUUCAAUCCCCAUUUCAAGGAAGACCUUGGAAGCUUUCAAAAGCAAGCCUUGAUAUGGAAAGAAUCAAAGCAUGCCAGUAUGGUGUCUGUUAACUCUGAGGAUGCAGAAAAACAGUCCUGUGAUUCAACUCAGGCUCUGGUAGCCCUUGCAAGCACCAGAAUAGCCUACAAUAUUCCUACCAAUAAUACACUAGUGUCUCCAUCACAUCAAAUGUCAGAAAGCUGUAAACUUUCAUCUGUAACAUUUGUUCCAUGUCAUUAGCUUCCUUUGAGAAGCUCCCAGAGUUCUCAAUCCAAAAUUAAAUGAAUGUGCAUGCAUUUGUUUUGCAAAGAAGAAAAAAGUCUGUCUGAUCUCAUUGCACAUGUCUGAAAACAAUGAACUUUGGAAAGCUUAAACCUCAAUAUAUACCCUCUCAGCAUGUUCAGAAAACCACACACACAUUUCAAUGAUCAUUACAGUUUAGAAGAUGACAGGCAGCCAGAGUGGGUUCAAAUGAGCUGUGGAAAUGGUAUCAGGCUGUGCUGAUGUGCCUGCCUCCUCCACUGGUGCAGGGGGCAUCCCCGCUGGUGCGGAGGGCAAAGGCACCAGUGGCAUGGCACUUCUCAGCUCUAUCGUGGUGAAACCUGGAUGUGGGUGCCAUUGUGGAGCAACUCUGGUGCCCAAGUAGACACCUGCACAAGUCGUGGGUGGGCCAGCGCAUUCCCAGGGGUGGCAUUUCAGUUCAGGAAUAGCACCAUCAGAGCCCUUAGACUUAUGCUACAAUUUUGUGCAGUAGAAGGCUGUUUAGGCUAUUGGGCAAUUUGGGUGGCCAGACGGUUUCCUUUUUUCCACACCACCCAAAGUUCCUGUGGAGGCAGCGUGGCACUACCUUCACCACACCAUUUCUAGCCGUCUCCUGCUGCCUCCAUGCUCCCCCCCCCCGCCCCCGCCCCCCCCGGUCUGGAUUGCACUGUAAAAGCCACUUGUUUUUACAGCAUUAGGUGGGAAUAAAAACAAACAAGUAAACAAGUAAUUUCCACAGAAAGGACUAGAAACCUCCUACCAUCUCCUUUCUGGAAUUUAUUACCAUUAUAGUGAAACUUCCCAUGAGAUAAUGCCAAUAAGAUGGGGAUUUCAGAUAUUAGGUGUGUCAUUACACAAAAUGCUGGAGGCUUACAUGUAUUUUUCUCAUACAAGAUAGUUUAACCACCCUCUGAUUAUCUUGUUUAAGUGUCUGUGUCAAAAACAGGAUGUACGGCUAUCAUUAAACUAGUUAAGUAGAUCUAAGUAACAUAGAUUAUGACUGGCAACUGAUAUCAAUUCAUCUUAUUAGCAUCCAAAGCACACCCUUACUCUGAGAAG